AUGUUGAAUAAACCAGAACCCCUAAAGAAAAAUGUUAUGAUUACACCUGAGAAACAAGUAGAGAAACCAGUAGAGACUGAGAAACAAAAAGAUGAAGAAGCUAAAGAUAUGGAAGGAGUGAAGAAUAACAAAGUAUAUGUACCACCCCCUCCUUAUAAACCACCAAUUCCAUAUCCACAAAGACUAAAACAAACCAAAUUACAUAACCAAUACAAAAAGUUCGUAAAAGUGACUGAGAAACUCAAUGUUGAGAUUCCAUUCACCGAAGCUAUUACCCAAAUACCAUCUUAUGCUAAAUUCCUUAAAGACAUCUUAACCAACAAACGUAGACUUGAUGAUCAUAAACCCUUAGAAUGCAACUCUAUUACUGAAAAUAAACUUGCUAAAAAGGAGAAAGACCCCAGAAGUUUGUCUAUACCUUGUGUUUUAGGAAAUCAUGUUAUCAAUAAAACACUUCUGAACUUAGGAAUCAGUGUAAGCUUAACGCCUUUAGCCAUUUGUAAUAGGUUAAACCUACGAUAA